UCUGGAACUCUGACUUCCCCCCUCACCUCCCUGCCCCCCACCAGCCGCCUCUUGUCAAAUGAUCAAGCUGUCAUCUAGUGUCUCAAGGGUAAGGUUUCAGGUCAGCUGGAGUGUAUAAAGAUAGGUGCCAAGCCUGAGGCGGCAGAGACAGCAGUGAAUGGUGAGGGGGCAAUCGGAUCCCUGCUGCCACUUCCUAGGAUGGAGGCCUAAGGAGCCUUCAGGAGGUCCUGUGCUUCCCCUACCCCUGCUGGAUCACAGCUUCCUCCCUGCACUAAAGCCCAGGGCUGCAGUGCAGCCUCUCUCCUUGGACCUGUACCGGGCCCCAGAGGGACGGGACAGAGCCUUCUGGGACCAUGGUUGGGCUGAAGCCUUCAGAGCUGCCUCCCACAACGGCUGUGAAGUUCCUGGGGGCAGGGACAGCCGCCUGUUUUGCUGACCUCCUCACCUUUCCACUGGACACAGCCAAAGUCCGUCUGCAGAUCCAGGGGGAGAACCAGACUGCCCAGGUGGCCCGGAGCGUCCAGUACCGCGGCGUGCUGGGCACCAUCCUGACCAUGGUGCGCACUGAGGGUCCCCGCAGCCCCUACAAUGGGCUGGUCGCCGGCCUGCAGCGCCAGAUGAGCUUUGCUUCCAUCCGCAUCGGCCUCUACGACUCUGUCAAGCAGUUCUACACCCCCAAAGGAUCAGACCACUCCAGCAUCACCACCCGGAUUUUGGCAGGCUGUACCACAGGGGCCAUGGCAGUAACCUGUGCCCAGCCCACAGAUGUGGUGAAGGUCCGAUUUCAGGCCAGCAAGCACCUUGGGCCUGGGGGCGACCGGAAGUACAGCGGGACAAUGGAUGCCUACAGAACCAUCGCCAGAGAGGAAGGGGUCAAGGGCCUGUGGAAAGGAACUUGGCCUAACAUCACAAGGAAUGCCAUUGUCAACUGUGCUGAGAUGGUGACCUACGACAUCAUCAAGGAGAAGCUGCUAGAGUAUCGCCUGCUCACCGACAACUUCCCCUGCCACUUUGUCUCUGCCUUUGGAGCCGGCUUCUGUGCCACAGUCGUGGCCUCCCCAGUGGAUGUGGUGAAGACCCGGUAUAUGAACUCUCCGCCAGGCCAGUACCGCAGCCCCCUGGACUGUAUGCUGAAGAUGGUGGCCCAGGAGGGCCCCACAGCCUUCUAUAAGGGAUUUACACCCUCCUUUUUGCGAUUGGGAGCCUGGAAUGUGGUGAUGUUCGUAACCUACGAGCAGCUGAAACGGGCCUUGAUGAAAGUCCAGAUACUAAGGGAAUCUCCGUUUUGAACAGAACGGGCCGCUUGGGACUUACCUGGAACAAAACCAGUCAAGAAUGGAAUAAAGCAGUGGGUCCACGCACAAAGGGACACAGACCCACACAUGUUUACAGAACUGUUUACUUGCUGCUGAUUCAAGAAACAGAAGUAGAAGAGGAGGACGCAUUCUGGUCUUCGGUGCGUUGUCUUAAGAAACACCUUUGUUUUGCACUGACGAGAUGGAAAACAAAUUAUAUUAAUUUUUGAAACCCAUUACGUUGGAUGCCUAACAUUUAGGCAAGAGAAGAUAAACCAAAGCAGAUCUGUUUGGAUAAAAUGGAAGUUUGCAAACUUAUGUCUCCUGAGAAAUCUAGAUUAGACAAUGAAUUAUGAAGAAGAAAGGCUGCAAGCAUGGGACAGGAGUGGCAUAUAACUUGGAAAUCCGCUAAGGAGUCUAGAGGGACACAGUCAGAGCAACACAAAGCUGUGACUCCCGCCUUUGAUUAGCCAUGGAUCUUCAGCCAUACGUGUAAAUGAAUCCGCUGUGUAGAAUCCACUGGGAUUCUAGGAAUGUGCGAGAAAACCUGGAACCUGUGCCAAACGAGCAAUGCUGGGCUCAUAAACAGUCUCUGAAGACACUGUAGAACCCAGAAGACAGCCUCGGUCUCCUUUCCUGUAAAAUGGGAGUAAUAAUCCCAUCACUGCUACCUCACUAGGGGUAUCAUGAGGAUCAUGUGAAAAGCUGGAGGGAAAAGUACUUUCUAGAAACAAACGCUCCGUACAAAUGUGAAUAUAAGGACAUGGGUGUGGGAAAUAUUUUGUCAGGACAGUGAGGAAGGGCCAGGGAAAAAAUUGUUGAAAGACAGUUGUCUAGAGGUGUGACCACAGGAGUCAGGGGCUGGGGAGCUGGGGAUGACAGAAGAUAAUGUGCAGGGCCGGCUGAGUGGCGCGUUGGUUCAGAGUUGGCUU